AAAUAUAAACUAACGUUAGAUACCAAGCAAACACACAGUGCACAGCUAAGCUUGGGCGGUGAUCGAUGGCGAGACGGGCGAGCCCGGCGUCCCAUCGGUGACGGGCGCCGGGUUCGCGUCCUGGAAGCGGAUCGCCGUCAGGAGCCCCCACGCGGCGUCGUUCCAGACGCGCUGGACGGCGUCCUGCGCGGGCCCGUCGUCGCGGUGCGCCGCGCCCACGUAGGCCAGCACCGCCGCCACGUCGACGUCGACGGACGUCUUCGCCGCCGCGAGGAAAGGGAGAGCGGCCGUCACGGCGACGAGCUGGCACGCGACGGUGUCGAGCGACGGCGCGUCGACCAACUUAAUGGCCUUCGCCGUCGCGUCCAGGGGCGCCGCCGCCGCGCGCACGGCCAGGCGCUCGUCGUUCGAGUCGCCGAUGGACACGAUCUCGCGCGGCCGCGUGCCGCUCGGGUCCUCGCCGUGGAAGAAGGCCUUGGCCACGUGCGUAAAAGCCGCGGCCUUCCAGCAGACGCUCCGGCCCGGGUACAGGUGCUCGUAGCGCCGCGCCGACACGACCCGCAGGUUCUGGAGCAGCGGCACGAUGCGCGGCAGGAACUGCUGCGACGAGAAGCGGACCCAGUCCUCGUCGGCGUUCGUGAUAAUCACGACCUUGCAGUUCAGCGCCUCGGCGCGCUGCAGCAGGGCUUCGAUGCCGUCCUCCAAGCGCCGGAGGCACUCGGCGUCGGCGUCCGUCGCCGCGUGCACGCGCUCGGGCGCCGCCGAGAUCCACGACGACGGGCAGAGCGUGUCGUCGUAGUCGAGGACCAUGAGCCUGUGGGUUAUUCGGAGAGAAUUAUUUUUUUUGGCUCGAGCGCGGAACCAGCGGGAAACGACUUCGGACGAAACCGUUGCAACGGACGCCGAAGCGCACCUCAGGCAGUCCCUGCCAUCAUCGAGCGUCACAGAAGGAUUUUCUAAGCUCCCCAUGACGAAAACGGAGCCAAGAUGGGAGCUGGCUCUUAUUUGGCCACAGCGAUAUUUGACGCAAUCGUUCAGCAGCGCGCUUUUUACGCAGGCUUCAGGUAAACGUCGAUAAAAGUCUGUACGCCAGCAAACUUGCUGUGGCGCGCUGUGCACUGAGGAGCCGGGGGCGAUGCCUUUAGAG